AAUACAAAAACAAUUGAAACCAGUCCUCAAAGAAAAGGAUAGUGUUUGUUGUCUACGUGUCCGCAUUAUGGUGGCCAUGAGUUUCUCCUCUGUAUCACUCCGCCCAUCGGAGCUGCCGGCCACCGCCUCCAACCGCUGCAGAUCCACCGCGUAUCUUACCAGAAGAAGACCAAUCUCAAUUUCUUUCGCCGCUGUUUCGCCGGAAACCUCCAGUGCACCCCCGGCGAAACCUGAAAUCGAGCUAGAAUUCCUCGGGCCUAAACCAGGAGAUACAGUAGACAGAGCCAUAGCUAUAAGUGGAGAUAAGCUGCUAAGGACAAUAAUGUCUGAUAAUAAGCUUGAGCUCUAUGCCGCUUAUGGGAAGCUAAUGAAUUGUGGAGGUGGCGGAAGCUGCGGAACUUGUAUCGUAGAGAUAGUCGAUGGACAGGAUCUCCUAAACGAAAGAACUAAUACAGAGCUGCGAUAUCUUAAAAAGAAACCAGAGUCGUGGAGGCUGGCUUGUCAAACUAUAGUAGGAAACAAAGACAACUCUGGAAAGGUGGUUGUCCAAAGGCUGCCCCAAUGGAAAAAAUGAAAAUCUUAGAAGAAAUUUCCGAAAUUAUUUGAAUAUAAUUUUUGUAUAUGUUUCGAAGAUCGAAAAUCAAAAGGGUCUAUAAGCUUGUUCUUCCUUUUGCUCUUAUGUGGUAAUGUAGCAGUUUUAUGUGUGUUCAUUCUUUACCCUCUAAUUGUGCGCAGUUUCAUAUUUCG